AUGUUCCUCACAUGGUUGCUCAUGCGCUCCUCCCCGCCUUCCCUCGCUCUGCUCGCAUGCUUCCCCAUUCCCCCCUUUCCCCCUUUCUACCCCUUUUUUUUCCGCCUUCCCCUGCACCAGAUAAUCAUAUACAUCCUCGUUGCAGCCUGCAUGCUCCUCACGUGGUCGCUCAUGCGCUCCUAUGCCACGUCAGCCCUCACCCACGUGGGCCGCAGCACACGGGCGCAACUGGUGCAGGGCGCAUCUGCAGGGAUGGGCGCAGCCCUUGCCACUGCACCCUCCUCCUCUGAUGCCCGGCCAGCACCUACACUUGAAGGAACCUUCGUCUCCUUCUCAGGAACCUUCCCUGGAGAAGACUCAUUGGGACACUUGCACACACACAUGCUCCUCGCUAGAAUCACCAAUUACACUCUUCUCUACACUGUCACUCCUUCACAACCCACCGACCCCAGCCUAUCCAACGCUGCCACGUCAGCCAGCCAUGUCGCAUCCGCUGCAGCACAGUACCUCGCUUCUGCAGUCUCCCCCUCCCAGCUCCUCUCCGCCUGCUUCUUCUCCCCUGACCGUGUCCCCUUGGGGAACUCCAUAAACCCUAAUCACCUCGGGAACUCCGUGAGCCUGGGAAGCCUCCUUGGGGGUACUGGGGGCGGCCAGACUACUCUAGAAACUUCCGCCCAGGCCACCACUGGGGGUACCGAACAGCUGUACUACGUGGACGCAUGCCCUGUCAGUGUCAACGCCUCUGCCUCUAGCCUACAGGGGCCAGUGCAGCAGCAGCAGCAGCAACAGGGUGAUACGCUGGUGUUGAUUUCCAUAGUGCCGUCGGCUCUUAUCCUUGCGCCCUUGGAUUCCGGCAGUGACACUGUCAGGGCGCUCUGCAUCGCCCUGCCACUGGUCAUCCUUGUUAUAGGCUUGCUGCUCGUCUGCAUGAACGGAUCCACGGACCUGGCUCGAACCGGGCAGACGCUGCGGCAGGAGCUGGUGCGGCAGCUGGUGGAGAAGCACAGGGUGGAGCAGCGCAGCAACCACAAGAGCCAGUUCCUCGCCAACAUGAGUCACGAGCUGCGCACGCCACUGGCGGGCAUCAUCGGGCUGUUAGACCUGUUGGCGUGCGACGCGCUCACCCCGGAGCAGGAGGCCAUGGUGCUGCAGAUCAAUCACGAGCUGCGCACGCCACUGGCGGGCAUCAUCGGGCUGUUAGACCUGCUGGCGUGCGACUCACUCUCCCCCGAGCAGGAGGCCAUGGUGCUGCAGAUCAAGCGCUGCGCCUCAGGACUCCUCGCGCUCAUCAACAACGUCCUUGAUAUUUCCAAGGCGAGUUCGAGGCGCCUCAAAAAGCGCUGUGCCUCGGGCCUGCUAGACCUCAUCAACAACGUCCUUGACAUCUCCAAGGUGGAGGUGGGCGCGCUAGAGCUCACAUUAGCGCCCUUCAGUAUAAUCACGGAGAUGGAGACACUAUUGGACAUGUUUGCAGUGCACUGCAUCGGCAGCGGGGUUGACCUCUCUAUGGAUCUACUAGACGACCUCCCGGUAAUGGUGCUGGGGAGGUGCUCUGCAACCUGCUUUCCAGCAGAAUCAUGCCAGUCGCUCCCUCCCUGCUCGUUCCCUUCCAUUUCUUUUCAGGUGGAGGUGGGGGCGUUGGAGCUCACAUUAGCGCCCUUCAGUAUAGUCACGGAGAUGGAGACAUUACUGGACAUGUUUGCAGUGCACUGCAUCGGCAGCGGGGUGGACCUCUCAAUGGAUCUAGCAGAUGACCUCCCAGACAUGGUGCUGGGGGAUGCAAUGCGGUUCCGCCAGGUUCUCAGCAACCUGCUGUCCAAUAGCGUGAAGUUCACGGAGCAGGGGUAUAUUCACGUGCGCGCGUGGGUCGUGCACACUCCCAACACGUUUGCCAUGUCGCGAACAGCUGUGGAGAGCGGUGCAGACAUCUACUCCUCGCGAACAGCUGUGGAGAGCGGUGCAGACAUCUACUCCGUGCGGAUGAGCGCUCUCAGCGCCCUUCUCCCCCACAAGCAGCACCCACCUGCUGCCGCGCCUGCUCCCUCUGCUCUCGCUUCUGUUGCUUCUGCUGGCAGUGCUGUCGGCAGUGCUGCUGGUAGUGUUGUUGGGAAUUCUGCUUCUGCUGCUGGUACUGCUAGUGCUGCUGCUGGGGCCGCUCGUUGCCACAGCAGGUACAGCUUACAGGCAACAAGGGAAAACGCAUUGGUAGGGAAAGCGGAGGAGCAGGAGGAGCGCGAAGAGGAUGGGGUUGAGGAUGGGGAGGAGGAGGAGGUGGAGGAGGAGGAGGAGGAUGAAGAGAGCCUGAGGGGCCACAGGGGAAACCCGCACGGCUGUGCUCCUAUGAUGGCAGCGGCAGGGUGCCUACCAGUAGGGGCAGUAACAGGAGGCUGGGAACGAGCAGAACUAGGGGGAGGAGCAGGCGGAGGUGCAUUCACAGGAGCACGGGUAGGGAGGAGCGGGGGAGCGAGAGGGAGGGGCGAGGGAGUGCGAGGAGCCUUGGCCUGCACAGGUGGGUUUCCCUGUGCAGGCGGGCUGUCCUCCUCACCCUCAUUCAACCGCUCUUCUAGUCUCAGGGAGCAGAGCAGCCCACUGUUAGGAACCCGGGAGGGGGGAGUGAGGACUUACAGUACCCGUAGAGCCCCAGGAGAGGUCAUGAGAGUGCUGUGCGUGGGAGGGGUUGCAGAUACCGCAGCUGAAUCGGACACAGAGGGGAGUGAGCUUGUGGAUAUAGUGAUUGAGGAGGGGGGGAGGUUGGGGUGGGGCGAAGGAGUGGGGAGGGAGGCUGGAGGCCAAACAGAUGGGAUGGCCUGUAGUGGGAUGGGUCCAGGGUCAGCUGGGGAAGGUGUAGCUGAGGAUGCUGCAGAGGAAGGGGAGGGUGUACCUGGUGACAAUCCACCUGAGGAGCGCCCACCUGGGGAGCGCCCACCUACGGGUGAGGAGGACCCACCUGAGGAGGUUCCACCUGGGGGAGAGGAGGUUCCACCUGGGGAAGGCCCAGCAGUCGAGCCUGCCACAGACGACCGAGUGCUGAUAAUCUUUGAGGUGGAUGACACGGGGUGUGGUAUACCACCGGAGAAGCGCGAGGCGGUGUUUGAGAGCUUCUCGCAGGUGGACGAGUCGGCCUCGCGCGUGCAUGCGGGGUCGGGGCUGGGGCUGAACAUAGUGAAGGGGCUGGUGGAGCUCAUGGGCGGCCAUGUGGCAGUUGCUGAUAAGGAAGGUCCUGGUGCCCUCAUCCGCUUCUCCCUCAUGCUGCCCCGUGUGCCCCCUCCUGCUCCUCGUUCUGCUGCUGCUGUUUCUGCUGCUGACGGUGGCGGCGGUGCUCGCAUGGACGACCCAGACGUAUCGGUGUCUUUCAUUCCAAGGUUUGGUGAAGGCCCGUCGGAUAACCCAUGGGGGGAGCUGGCUCCCUCCCCUCCCCAACCAGCCCCUCCUGCUCUCAACCACAGCGAGGUUCAGGUGGUGCUGGCGAUGGAGGGGUGUCCAGGCAGGGCCACAGCAGUUCAGAUGGUGCUGGCAAUGGAGGAGUGUCCAGGCAGGGCCACAGCCACCAAGUGGCUGGAGGGCAAGAGAAUUGCAGUUCAGAUGGUGCUGGCAAUGGAGGAGUGUCCAGGCAGGGCCACAGCCACCAAAUGGCUGGAGGGCAAGAGAAUUGCAGUGAGGGAAGUGGGGGCAUGGGAGACCAUCAAAACCGCACUGGACCACGCCAUUCACACCUCCCUGCUGCGCCGCCGAACCGCUGCCCUCACUGCUGCUGCCGCCACCAUCGGCCACGGGAAAGGUGCAAGGGGAGACAGAGGGAUUCAGAGCGGUGCAGAGGGGUGUGGAGAGGCAGGGAAUGGUUCUCAGAGAAGGGGCGGGGCGUUUGUGUCGUCUGAGGCGCGGAGGGGGUCGUUCACUGCGCCAAUAGUGCUUGCAGGGCGUGUGGGGCCCUCCCUGGGUCCUACUGCUGCUGCUGCUACUGCUGCCGCCGCUGCUGCUGAUAGAGGCAACACUGUAGACGCUUCUUCUGCUGCUGUUAGUGUGGGGAGGCACGAGGGAGGGCGGGAGGGAGAGAGGGGAGGAAGCAGGCGGUGGCUGCCAUCCCGUCUGGCCCCCUUCGACUCGGCUCAAAGGCCUUCCCAGGGGUUGCUUGCAAAGAUGGAGCUCUCAUCGAUGCUGCCGUCUUCUCUCGCUGCUCUGGCUGGCCUUGGGCACUCGUCCCACCACACGUUCUCCUCCCACCACAUUCAGCCAGGUCAAACAAGUCAAUCAAGUCAACAGCAGAGAGCAGCAGCUCAAGAGGCCCCAGCAGUUCUCACCCACAGAGCGAACACCUGGGAAGGGGACAUGGAGAGGGAGGGCCGGGAUGGGGAGAAGGGGAAGGACCGGAAGAGUGUUGGGGAGGAGGAAGCAGAGGGGGAGAGGGAGAAAGAGGGGGAGAGAGAGGAGGCGGAGUGGGGAGAGGAGAGGGACACAGCCACAGCAGCCACAGACAAACAAGCAGAUGCAGAUGCAGAUGCAGAUGCAGAUGCAGACGCAGACGCAGACGCAGACGCUGACAAAGAUGGAAUCAAGCUUGCCGACCGCAGCUACCCUAUUCUGGCAAUCAUCGACAUCAUGCUGCUUCCAGGAAGCCGCGGGCUUUGCAACGCGUUGAUAGACCCAGCAGAGCAGGACCCGUUAGCAGUGGGGGCGAGUGCUGCCAGUCACCUGCCCCGCUUUGACGUGCACGGGGAAGGGGGUCUCAGUAGCCCUGCUGCUCGCCCUUUCAUGGUCCCGCCUGAGCUGGAGAGGCUGUGUGCUGAUCUGAACGCCAUCCGCACGCAGACACCGCAGAUGGCAGACUUACUCGUUGUGGCGUGGCUAGUCCCUCCAGGGGUGGACCCUCGCCUGUGUCGCUUCCUACACCAGCACCACCACUCGCUCAUCAACACACGCUCAUCACCACUCGCUCAUCACCACUCGCUCAUCACCACUCGCUCAUCACCACUCGCUCAUCACCACUCGCUCAUCACCACUCGCUCAUCACCACUCGCUCAUCACCACUCGCUCAUCACCACGCACCCCUUGCACGCCUCGCGCCUCACACACAUCCCUGUCCCUUGUCGUGGCGUGGCUAGUCCCUCCAGGGGUGGACCCUCGCCUGUGUCGCUUCCUACACCAGCAGCACCACUCGCUCAGCACCACCCGCCCCCUGCAUGCCUCGCGCCUCACACACAUCCAAGAGCCCCUGGUGCCCCGCUUGCCCCUUUUGCCCCUUAUGUGCCGUUUGAACCUCAACCCCCCUCACAGAUGGCAGAGUCUCUUGUCGUGGCGUGGCUAGUCCCUCCAGGCGUGGACCCUCGCCUGCGCCGCUACCUACACCAGCAGCACCACUCGCUCGUCACCACACGCCCCCUGCACGCCUCGCGCCUCACCCACAUCCUCUCCUGCUUCGCCCACGCCCUCAACGGAGAGCCCAUGGGCGGGGGCUCGUCUCGAAACUCGUUUGCCAUGCAGGCCCCACCCGCUGCGGAGGUGCCUGCUGCAUCGGCUGCUGCAGCAUCUCCCGAGAUGAUUCACCAGCACCACCACCAGCAGGAGCAGCAGCAGCAGCAGCAGUCACACUCCCCUGGCCAUAUCGCCAAUCACACAUCUCUGCUCACAUCCAUAUCCCCAGUUGGCCUUCCUCAGACUGCUGCUGCUGCCGUGGCUGCAACCUCAGGCUCCAAGGGGCCUGAAGAGUUUGCUACAGUCCCUGUAGCAGCGGUAGCAGGCGUGGAGGGAGAAGGAGUGGGAGAUGUGGGAGUAGCAGGAGUACCAGAAGGAGCAGGGGGAGUGGGAGGAACAGGAGGAGUGGAUGAAGCUGUAGGUUUGGGAAGAACAGGAGGAGCAGAGUCAGGAGCAGGAGGAGCAACAGGAGCAGGAAGCCUCGCAGAGGCAUGUGGUGGUGGUGGUAGUGCUACUGCUAGUAUUGCGGCUGCUGGUGUGGGUUCACGCGCUUUCUGGGGUGGGUUUGGCAGCUUCAGCGAUGGCGCUAUGGGUGCUGCUGCUGCAGGAAGUGCCCUUCCGGCUGAUGAAGAGCAUGAGUUUCAAUCCUAUGACCUUACUGCACCAGAAAACGCCUUCCCCACGCUUCUGCCCGUCCCUGAAAUGCCUGGCCCAGAAAUGCAUGCCCUAGCAGUGCCUGCACCAGCAGUGCCCGCCCUAGCAGUGCCUGUGGCAGAGUCUUUGUCCCUUUCUACACCCACAGCGUCCGCUGCUGUGGACGUCCCUCCGUCGCUCAACUCUGUGUGGGAGAGCAUCACACGCAGCACCAGGCUCCAAUCUGUUGCUGCUGCCGCCGCUGGUGCUGCAGCUGUUGCCACUGCUGCCACUACUGCUGCUACUACUGUUGAUGCUGGUGGCACAGUGGGAAAAUCAGUAGCAGCGGGGGCAGAAGCAAGAGCAGCAGGUGUGGGGGGUGAGGAGAUAAUGGAGGAGGAAGAGGAUGGGGAAGAGGAGGAGGGUGUGGAGAGGGAGGAGCGGGUGGAGGGAGGGGGAGGGAGGCGGCGCCUCUCUUUCAACGCUUGGCGUGUGCCUGCCUCGGUCAGUUUCGAGUCGACUCAGAGGCUGCCUGCGUCGGCCGUGCCCCCUGCUGGUAGUGCUGAGACACAGCCGCUGACAACUGCGCUUACAGCUCAGCACCCCUCUGCAUCUUCUCCCACCGUUCACCACCUCUCUGCAUCUCCGCACUUACAUGUGCACUUCUUGCAGCACCGCUCCCUCUCAGACCAGUAUGCUCGCCCCACAAAUACCACCAGUCUUGCCAACCCCCACCAGCCCCGCUCAAGCCUAUCCGACGGUCUAGAACGGCUUAGAAUGAUCAACGUGAAUCUCAGCCAUCCCUCCUCCUCCCUGGCCCACCGCCCUUCAGCUGCUGCUGCUGCUUCAGCGUCGCUCACUUCUCCCUCUGCGCUUCCGCAUUUUACCACUCUAGUCAGCCCGGGCCAGGGAGGCAGCCUCGGGCGAGGCUCGGCACAGAUCCGGAAGCUGAGCAGCAGCUUCGGCGGUAGGGCGCGCUUUGCUGCGGGUGCUCCUGGUGCUUCUGCGGCAGGUGCGGGGAACCUGAAUGGAAUAGGGCUGGGCUGGCCGGGUCUAGCCAGCCGGCCUCAGUUUGCUUCUCUCUCCGGUGCGUCCCGGCUGGGUCUUAUCCGGUCCAUGUCAGCCGUACAGAGCUAUGCAGCGGCCUCCUCCCUCUCUGUUCUCUGCCAACCCACCAUGCUCUCUGGAAUAGGCUAUGACCACCAGCCUAUUGUGCUGGCCGGUAUGGGUGGUAUGGGGUAUGAUCAGUCCAGUGUGCUGUCUGGAUUCGGGCCUAGUAGCUUGAGCCACGAAACCAUCUUGGAAGCUCCGCACAUGUCGACGCAAAUGUCGCCGCGUGGUUCACCUGGGAUGUCACCUGGCAUGUCACCUGGGGUGUCACCUGGCGUUUCACCUGGCGUGCUGUCUGGAAUGCUGUUUGCGAUCGGGUCUGAGCCGAUACCAGAAGCGUAUAAGGUGUCACCUGGGCGUGGGAAUGUUCCUAGAAAGCUCCCUGGCGGAGGUAGUGGUAGGUACGACCUUCGGGGGAGCGGGAGGAGCAGCAGUGGCAGCCCAAGUCUUGCUGGUGGUAGCAGAAAGUACGACCUGCAGGGAGGAGGGGGGAGCAGGAGUGGGAGUCUCCCUGGUGGUGGUAGUAAGUAUGACUUGCGUGGAGGAGGGGGGAGUAGCAGUGGGAGGAGAAGGACCAUGGGACUGCAUGUGCGGAGGGGAAGCGCUGGUAGUGCCAGUGGAUUAGGAAUGCAUGAGAGCAGCAUGGGCAUGGGCAUGGGCAUGGGCAUGGGCAUGGGCAUGGGCAUGGGGAUGGGGCUGGGUGGUUCCACUGGUAAUCUGCAUGCUCCUUCGCCUUACUCUACUAGUGCCCACGCCAUGUCACCUGCCCAUGCCUCGUCACCUGCCCAUGCCACGUCACCUGCUCAUGCCACGUCACCUGCCCUAGCCAUAUCACCAACCCAAGCCCCGUCGCCUCACUCCCAGCCAGUGGCUUACCACAGGAGAGGGGCAGAGAACACAGAGUCAACAUUCUCACAGCCACCAGCAUUCCUCAAAGGCAGCACCGUACUCUACUCCACCAGCAACCAUCCCACCCACUCCAACCACUCCUCCUUCUCCUCCCAGCAAGCAGCAGCAAGCUCUCUCAGGCCGGGACUAGCAGCGGAAAGCUCAGCAGCAGCAGCAGCAGCUCCACCCGCUUUUGUGUCCUCGCCUCACUCGCACGCAGCAGGCUACCUGCGAGGCUUUCACAGAAUGGCCCGUACCAAUUCCAGCUCCAAAUCCGCUCUUCUAGACGCAUCCAAAGGCAUGUCUCACACCAGCUCUGUUUCUCUUGACGCUCCCAGCAAAGGCACGGCCCGCACCAGCUCCAACGCCCCUGAUGCACCCGAAAGCAUGGCUCGCACCACCUCUGCUUCUCUCGAUGCGUCCAACAAAGGGAUGCCCAAUGUUGGCCUGAUUGCCAGGAGCAUGCCUCGCACAAGCUCAGCCCCUCUAGACGCCCCUCGUGUGGUUCCCAUGCCCAGAAGGUCGCUCCAGCACCAUUCAGCCAGGUACUCUGUGGCUGGGGCGAAUGGAACGAGUGGAAUGGUUGCUCUUGACGCGCCUCAGAAACACCAUUCUGCCAGGUACGCUGCUAGUGAGGUGACUGGUGGGGCGUCUGCCCUUGACGAGCCUCAGAAAUACCCUUCUGCCAGGUACACUGCUAGUGAGGCAUCUGUGCUUGAGGCGCCUCACAAACACCACUCUGCUAGAUACUGUGGUAGUGGGGCGAGUGGGGUGGAUGGGACAAGUGGGGCGUCUGUUUUUCUUGAGGCGCCUCACAACCACCACUCUGCCAGGUACACCACUCUGCCACUCUGUUUUUCUGGCCUUGAGGCAGAACCAGUUGUACGAACGAGUAUGCAGCCAGGCAUGCAGUCAAGAGAAGUGAAGGAAGGAGGUGGAGAAGCAGAGGGCGCAUUAGCAGCUGGGGGAGUGGUGGAAGCAGAGGGGACAGGAGGAGCUGCUUGUGCUGCUCACAUUGCUGCUGGCACUGCCGCUGGCAUUGCUGCUAGCGUGGAAGCAGGCCGGUCAAGAGUGCCCGCUGCGUCAGAGACAACCCAGCAGGAUGGGCACGGCACGGGAGGGAAAAUUCCUAGGACAGGAUCAGCGUUGGAGUUUGGGCUUCUGAGGGGGCUCGUGGGCCCGUCCACCCCCACCACCCCUCCCACAGCAGCUCGGCCAAGCUUUGACGCUGACGCCCCUGCCUGGCGAGCGCGGCCCAGCUUUGAAGUGCCGCAGAGCAAGGCGAGGCGAGGCAUGACAGGGGCCCACACCCCUGGGAGAGACACCACUGGUAGACCCACAGCAGCAGGAGCAGCAGCAGGAGGAGCCGCAGCAGCAGCAGGGGGAGCAGCAGGAGGAGCAGGAGGAGGAGGAGCGGCAGGGGGAGGGGCGAUGCCGACAGGCCAGCCGCUGGCAGGGCUGCAUAUCCUGGUGGUGGAGGACACAGCAGUGCUGCAGAAGCUGGCAGCGUCCAUGCUUAGGAAAAUGGGAGCCCAUGUGGCUGUGGCUUCGGAUGGGCAGCAGGCUGUUGCUGCCGUGCUGAGCUCGUGGGGGGAUGACGAUGAGACUUCUGGUGCUGCUGCUGCUGCUGUUGCGGCUGGUGGUGGUUCUGGUGGUGCUGGUGGUGCGGGUGAUGCUGGUGGUGGCGGUGGUAGUGGUGCUGGUCCUUUUCGCUGGAAGCCUCGCCGGGGCAGCAGUGGCUCUGUCUCCUUCCUCCUCUCUGCCCUCCCCUCCGCCUCCCCCCUCUCUUCCAGCCCUCUGGCCUCAUCUCUCUCGUCAAGCCCUCCCGUGGGAACAGCAUUGAGAGGGGGAGGAGGGGGAGCAGCUGCAGCGGCAGCAGCUGAAGAAGCUGAAGCAGGAGGCGGGGGAGGAGGUGGUUUUGGGGAAGGGUGGGAGGCAGCAGGUGUGCAGCAGGGUCGGAGCUCUGAGGCCAUUGAGUCACAGCUCGCAGAGAGGGGAGAGGAGAGACCCAGGUCGUCCUUUUCCAACCCGUUUGACCCAGCAGGGACAGCUGUAGCAGCAUCGGCUGUUGCAGCGUCAGUUGUAGCAGCGUCAUCUGCAGCAGCGAAUUGUGGCAGUGAUGUGGUGGCUACAGCUGGGGUGGAUGGGUGCAAGGGCAGUGGGAUGGGUGGAGUAGGGGAUGCAGCAGCAGCAGCAGCAGCGGAUCCCUUCGACAUUGUGCUCAUGGACUGCCAGAUGCCAGUGAUGGAUGGGUAUACGGCCACGAGGACCAUUCGUGCCGCAGAGAGGGGCACGGGGCGCCACACUGUCAUCUGUGCACUCACUGCUCAUGCACUCGCCAGUGACGAGGCCAAGUGCAGGCAGGCAGGAAUGGAUGGGUACCUCACAAAGCCAAUCAACAUACGCUUGCUGGUGGACACUGUUCAGCGGCUGGUCAGCAACAACAGGAGGGCAGCAAGGCGAAGCUUGAGCAACCUUGGCGCGACUGCCACUGCCAGCGGCACUGCCGUGGCCAAUCAAGGCAGCUUCAGCAGCGCUUCCAGUAACAGCCCAUACACCAGCCCUUUAGGGAAUCUCCUUCGGAAGUCUUGGGAAAGGAGCGCACGAGCAGGAGGAAGAAACGAGGAAUUUAAACAGCUGACCGCUUCGGAAGAGAAGCUAGAGGGAGAGGAGGAGGAAGAAGUGAGGGACGAGAAGGACGAAGAAGGCAGGGAGGGCAAGGAGGGCGAGCGGGACGAGAAGCAGCCUGCUGCCGACCGAUACGCAGUCAGCCGGUCCAUGCCUCGGAAGCAGCAUGAUUGGAUCUUUUCUGUUGGAUCUCCUAACGUCUCCUCCCCCAGCAGCAGCAGCAGUGGCCUCAAUCGCCCACCUCCCGCACAGCUGACCCUUGCUGUGGCCGCUUCUGCUGCUGCUGCUUGCGCCGCUGCUCUCAUGCUGCUGCACUCUCGGUUCGCCCAGACAGCACUUGAGCGUGCAGGGAAGCGUGCCGUGGGGCGUGCAGAAGGGCGUGAUGAGGAGGAACGUGCAGAGGAGAAAGGCGAGCGUACAGGGAAGCGUGCAGGGAAGCGUGCAGACACACAAGAAGGCAGAUUACGGGGGAGUGAGGAGAUGUUUGAGGCGCCUCAAAAAUCACUUGAGCGUGCAGGGAAGCGUGCUGAGGGGCGUGCAGAAGGGCGUGAUGAGGAGCGUGCAGAGGAGAAAGGCGAGCGUACAGGGAAGCGUGCAGGGAAGCGUGCAGACACACAAGAAGGCAGAUUACGGGGGAGUGAGGAGAUGUUUGAGGCGCCUCAAAAAUCACUUGAGCGUGCAGGGAAGCGUGCCGAGGGGCGUGCAGAAGGGCGUGAUGAGGAGCGUGCAGAGGAGAAAGGCGAGCGUACAGGGAAGCGUGCAGAGGAGGCAGGCGAUCGUACAGGGAAGCGUGCAGAGGAGGCAGGCGAGCGUGCAGGGAAGCGUGCAGACACACAACAAGGCAGAUUACGGGGGAGAGAGGGGAUGGCGGGAGAUGCGGCAAGAGGUUUUGCAGGGGGGGUUGCUCGGGGUGGUGCAAGGGAUGUUGCUGCAGGGAAUGGGGGGAUAGCAGAGGGCACGGUAGAUUACAUUCGUUCCUUGACGUUCAAGGAACCUGACGGAGGGAGGGUGGAAGCGAGAUCAGGGAAGACGAAGGAAGGCCCGGAAACUCUUACAGCUGGUGUGGAGAGAGUAGGGGAGCCAGUUGGGGGGAGUGGUGGGGAGACCGCUGGGAGCGAGAAUGAACUGGAGGGUUUAACUGGAAGGGGGAGCGAUGAGCUAGGCACAGAAGGUAGUGCUGAGGAGAUGGAGGGGAUUCAAACCGACGGGAGCGAAAGGAGUGAGAGAGAGUGGCUUGGCCCAGCUGUGGCUGGAGGGGCAGAGAGCAGGGAGCAGGUGGGGGGACGACAGGGGGAAGGGGAAAGGAGCGGAUGGGCGGAGGGACGAGGCGAGAGUGGGGUUUGGAGAGAAGAGGGUAAAGAUGCAGUGGAUGGGCGUGAGGAUAUGAGGCGGAGAGGUAGUGGUGAUGGGGAUGAGGAAGGGGAUGAGGGGAAGGGUGAGGGGAGAGAUAAGGGAGACCUGCCAGGGGACUUGGAAGAAGAUGAACUGCUCAAGUUACUGCAAGCUCAAGCCAUUAGCGAUUGGAGCAACCAGAUCGUGCUGCAGGGCUUUAACUGGGAGUCACACGGUCAACCCCAGGGCUGGUGGCGGCACCUAGCCUCCCUCGGGCCUGCCAUUGCUGCUGCUGGCUUCACGGCUGUCUGGCUACCCCCCGCCUCUUCGUCCCUUGCCCCACAAGGUAAACCCCCCGCCGCUUCCUCUCUCGCCCCUCAAGGUAAGCCCCCUGCCUCUUUGAAUUGCGGCCACCACCAGAGCUGGUGGCGGCACCUGGCCUCCCUCGCGCCCGCCAUUGCUGCUGCUGGCUUUACGGCUGUCUGGCUGGCCCCCGCCACUUCCUCUCUCGCCCCUCAAGGCUACCUGCCCAAGGACCUCUACCACCUAUCAUCAGCAUACGCCUCCGAGGCAGAUCUCCGCACCCUCUUUGCUGCUCUCAGGGCCGCCCAGCCCAGCACUGCGGACCUCUACCACCUGGCAUCAGCAUACGGCUCCGAGUCAUUCUUCAUUAUCCCUCUUGCCCUCCCCCACUCGCUCUCUUCCCUCCCCUUUCUCCCCCCAACAGGCUACCUGCCUAAGGACCUCUACCACCUAUCAUCAGCAUACGGCUCAGAGGCAGAUCUCCGUGCUCUCAUUGCUGCGUUCAGGGCCGCCCAGCCCCACUCUGGAGUACCCUCAACGUCUGCUGCUAAUGGUGCUGCUGCUACUCCUGCUGCUGGGGAUGAUUCUGCUACUGUUGCUGCUGCUUCGUCCCCUUCAGCCCCUGCUGCGGGUGGUGCAGCGGUGACUGACAUGAAUCCGGACAGUGGGUUGGAUCAAGCAGCUGAUUGUGCACCUGGUACCACUACUGAUAGCUCUGCCAUGGGAUGUGCUGCCGCUGAUGGUGCUGCCACUGGUGGUGCUGGGAGCGCAGGGGGCGUGAGGGUGAUAGCAGACGUUGUGGUAAACCACCGGGUGGGAAGCCAGCUGGGGGAGGGCGGGCAGUGGACUCGCUUUGACGGCACCUCCAUGCCAUGGGACGAGAGUGCUGUCACCUGUGACUCUGGCGGCAAGGGCAACCCCAGCAGUGGCAGUGUGUUUGAGGGGGUAUCCAACAUCGACCACUCUCAACCGUUCGUGCGCCGAGAUCUCACAGCAUGGCUGACGUGGCUCCAGGCCGAUGUGGGGUUCUCAGGGUUCCGCUUUGACUAUGGCAAGGGGUACAGCGCGGCCUAUGUGCGGGGGUAUGUGCGGGGGGCACGCCUGCGCUUGUGUGUGGGCGAGUACUGGGACACCUGCAAUUACAUCGGCCCACAAUACGACCUUGACUACGACCAGGACUCGCAUCGGGGGCGCAUAGUGGAGUGGAUUGAAGGGGCGGGCAGGCUGGCAGCAGCCUUCGACUUUACCACAAAAGCGGUUCUGCAGGAGGCAGUGAAAAGGAAGGAGUGGUGGCGGCUGAAGGACAAGGAAGGCCGCCCGCCAGGCGUGAUGGGUCUGCUGCCCUCUCAUGCCGUCACAUUUGUCGACAACCAUGACACCGGCUCCACUCAGGCUCACUGGCCCUUCCCCUCUCAUGCUGUCAUCCAGGGCUAUGCCUACGUCCUCACACAUCCGGGCAUCCCAUCAGUGUUUUAUGACCAUUUCUUUGACUGGGGCGUGGAUCUCAAGAUCCAAAUUCAGCAGCUGAGCAUUCUCGUCUUCUGUGCCCUGGAAGAGCUUCAUCUGGGCGUCAACAGCGUGGAGGGUUCACACCCAGUAGCAUCAGAGGACGGUGCCGUGCCCCCACCUUCACAGCACACCUUGCUUCCCUCCCCUCCUCCACCCAACCCCUUUUCAGAGCUCCAUCUGGGCGUGAACAGUGUGGAUGUUUCAGACCCAGUACCAUCAGUGGACGGCACUGCUUCCGUCUGCAUCGCUCGCACGCGCCUCCCGGCUCGGCCACGCCUGAGGGGCGUGUCUCGUGGCUUCCACGUGCUCAGAGUCACGGCCACCAUUCCUGCAGGGAUCAUGCCACGUGGCGCUUUUGCCAGCGGCCCCAAGUUUGAGUUCUGCGUGCACUGGAAUGCCUCGCAACCCCUGGGGGAGUGCCCAAGGGGGGCGUGGCGAGCAGUGGACAGAAAGGGGCGGUGGGUGGUGCUGCGGUCACCUUUCGAGGGCGCGUUCAUUGAUGUGAAACGAGAGGGCGGGGUCAUUGGGGACCAUGACGUCAGCAUUAAAGUAGACGAAGACUUGGAGCCUCACCGGGCGGUGUUCUUUGUCCUGGGGUUCCUGCUCAUGCUGCUGGCGGGUCAUCUGAGCUCUAUGGUAGCGUUUUACUACGGAGGGGGCAUGACGCUGGGCGUGCUUCUCGUGGUCAUCGUCAUUCUCUACCAGAUGGGGUUCAUAGGGGUGAUCAUAACGUACGUCACAGGGGCCGUCAAGACUGUCAUGGAGCCUCUUGGUCUGGGUGAUGACGUCAUCUCUCCGGUGGUGGUGUUUGUGCUUGUACUGGUGGUGCUUAUAGGAGCAGCGCUGGGCUUCUGGGUGGUGCGGAAAUUCAUCCUCUCGCCCACAGGCGAGCUGGACCCCCCUACAGUGUCCUUCGUUAAGUGGGGGCUCCGAAUAAUUGCAGCUACUCUGCUUAUAAUGCCCCACCCUCCGUUCUCCAGUCUCAUUCCUAAACCCCACCCUCCUACCCCCAUUCCCUUCCCUCACCUUCUCCCGUUCCCCCUCUUCGUCCGACUCGCACCCCCGCAGAGAGAGCAAGCAGCAGAGCAGGAAGGAGAUAUGGGGGGUGCGUUCUCUCCCCCCCAGCAAUUCGGCACUCCCCCUCAGGGCCCGAUGGGAGCAGUAGGGGGAGGGCAGGGGUAUGUGACCCCCUCGAGGGCGGUUGAUGGGUCGCCUUAUACGCGCAUGGGGACGCCUUUCCAGGGGCCACCGGGCACACCUCGCACUCCUCUACCCGCCUCCCCUCUCGCCCGCGCGGUUUGCCCCUCCUCAUUCCACCGCACACCCCACCGCCGCCACCUCACCCCGGCACAGGCAGCAGCCAUCUCCCAUGAGUGCACCCACGCGGCCCUGCAGGAGCUGGCUUAUUCCCCCGGGUUCGGGCAGUGGGUGUUGCAUAACUUUGAUAGGAUAGCGAUUACUCCGAGGAUACUGAGGGAGGAGCGGGGUGAAGCAGAGAUUGCUGCCACGGCUGAGAUGGAGGAGGGGUUUGAGGAAGAGGAAGACAGGUAG